AUGUCAGCGUCUCUCGACGACCUGCGCGAUCUCUCCCCAGCCGAUGACGAGAAGGAUGAGGUCGACUCCUUGCCCUCCAUUGCCACAAGCGACAUCUACUCCGACGCGUCACUGUCAGACUCGGACGCGCAGGAAGAAUGGGAUCGCAGUCUGGAGCAGCUGCAGCUGAUGCUGACCAUGAUGAUCAUACCGUUUGUGGGGAAAUACUUUGGCCGCAAGUUUGCCUACUGGAGUUGGGGGAAGUACAUGUACUGGCUACACGGGGUUGACAUCAAGUUCACGAACAAGAAGGCGUUCAAAGCGGCUGGUGCUAUUGAAGCUGCAUCGAGCUUGUAA